UACAAAAUAAAUUUACUCUAAAACUUACUAAAGGAUAUUUUCAGCACUGAAAAUUAUUCAUAAUUUAUUCAAAAACUAAUGAAAUAUUCUAAUAAUAUUCUUUUUCUUUUAAUUAUAAUACCCCUAAUAAUAAAGUCAAAAGAAACACCCCAACCGUACAAAUGGUAUUUUGAAAUUUUAAGUAUAAGUGUCUGCUUUUUAAUUUCUAAUAUUGGUUUUAGCACAUAACUACUUUGAUGAUGAUAUCAUGCACCCCAAUAUGUCAUGCUAAUGAAAGCCCAAUAAAAUUGCCUCAUUUGUUUGAUCAAAGUAUUCAAUCUCCAUCUUCAAGUGCAUAACUCAACAUAUAAAAGUGCAUGAAGAAAUCAUUAACAUGUGGGUCCCUAAAUCUAACACAAUAUAAUAAAUGGAAAGGAAAAUAAUAUAUAAUACAAUAAACAUGUCAUGUUAUACUCUACUGCCUAUAAAUACAGACCUUCCCAAAACCCCAAAAGCAACCCAAGUCUAGAGUUAAUAAUAAUCCAGUUUCCAUGGCCCCAGUUCCAAUUUCUUCCAUCAAAGUUGGGAAAAUUGAUGAUGUCCAAGAGUUGAGAAAGGCUAAGUCUAAAAUCCCAGAAAGAUUUGUAAGAGACAAAACUGAGAGGCCAACACUAGCCACUUCAUCAAUAUCAUCUACUCACAUUCCCAUUAUAGAUCUCCACAAGCUUUCAAAUGGUUCAAAGGAUGAAAUUUUAAGUGAGCUUUUGCAGCUCUCAACUGCUUGUGAUGAGUGGGGUUUUUUUCAGGUGAUAAAUCAUGGGAUUGACCAGAAUUUGGUAGAGCAAAUAGAGAAGGUAUCCAAGGGCUUUUUCAUGUUGCCUUUGGCUGAGAAGCAGAAGUAUGCUAUGGCUCCUGGGACAGUUCAGGGCUAUGGACAAGCUUUUGUGUUCUCAGAGGACCAAAAACUAGAUUGGUGCAACAUGUUUGCACUUGGGGUUGAGCCAAAUUUUAUUAGAAGCCCAAAACUAUGGCCAAAAAACCCUGUUAACUUCAGUGAAACUGUGGAUCUUUAUUCAAAAGAAGUAAGGAAACUAUGCCAAAAGCUGUUGAAAUACAUAGCCAUGACUCUUGGGUUGAAAGAAGAUGUAUUUAAUGAGAUGUUUGGUGUGGCUGUCCAAGCCAUAAGGAUGAACUAUUACCCACCAUGUUCAAGACCUGACCUUGUUUUGGGUCUAAGCCCACAUUCAGAUGGAAGUGCCCUAACAGUUCUACAAGAAAGUAAAGGCAGCUCAGUGGGACUUCAAAUCUUGAAAGAUGACAAAUGGGUUUCAGUUCAGCCAAUCCCAAAUGCCCUUGUCAUCAACAUUGGAGACACUAUAGAAGUCCUUACAAAUGGAAGGUACAAGAGUGUGGAACACAGAGCUGUGACUCACAAGCAAAAAGAUAGGCUUUCAAUAGUCACCUUUUAUGCUCCUACCUAUGAAUUAGAGAUAGGACCUUUGGCUGAAUUGGUGGAAGAAAAUAAGCCAUGCAACUAUAGAAGAUACAAUCAUGGAGAGUAUAGUAAGCACUAUGUGACAAACAAGUUACAAGGCAAGAGAACACUGGAUUUUGCCAAGAUUCAAACUAAACCAAACCCAUGUUGAAAAAAGAGUAUAGUAACAUUAUAUGAGAAACUAGAAUGUUUUAGUUGGGAAAAGGAAAAAAAGAAGAGGGUUUUCAGUCCUUUGCUAAUUUCAAUGUGAUCUAUACACUGUUUGUGGAUUUAACUAUGUUCUGAAAAAUCUUACAAAUUAAUGAAAGCUUUGUGGGGUCUUGUACUUAUAAUUU